GGCUAGGUUCAAUGACAUUCCGGCUUUCAUAAGGAGAAAUAUCGAGGUUCGAAUAUAUAAAAAGCUCCAAGAAUGGCAUUAACGUAUGUUUUCAGAUCAAUCAGAACAGAGUUCUCAAAGGUCUGCACCGUUCAUCAUGCACAGUCUUUACACACAGGAUUUCCAGUUCUUGCUGCAGAAAAAGCUCUCCUUAUGAAACUACGCAAAAGUACUGGCUACACAUUCAUUAACUGCAAAAAAGCAUUGGAGAAAUGUGAUAAUGACAUCACAAAGGCAGAGAGCUGGUUACAUGAGCAGGCCCAGAAAGAAGGCUGGAGCAAGGCCAGCAAGCUGGAGGGGAGGAGGGCCAAAGAGGGGCUGAUCGGUCUGUUUGUAGGAGACAAAGCUGCAGUCAUGGUAGAGGUGAACUGUGAGACAGACUUUGUUGCCCGUAAUGAGAAGUUCCAGCAGCUGGUGAAGGAUGUGGCGUUCGCCACCAUGGCUCACCACAGCAGUAAAAACCAGGGCCAAACUGGAUAUGUGAAGAGUCUCCUGGCAGCAGAGGACCUCUCGAAAUUGAACUUGGGUGAAGGUGCUUCUCUGGCUGAUCAGCUGGCCCUUACAAUAGGUCGUCUGGGUGAGAACAUGUCAGUGAGGCGGGCGGUGACGGUUGGCGUUCCUGCAGGCUGGCAUAUCGGCUCCUACAUCCACGGUGGUGUGGCGGGCCAGUCUGAUAUGGCCAUGGGGCGAUACGGCGCCCUCGUGGUGUUCCAGGGGGGCAAGGAUGGGGCGCAGGGCACCCUGGGGAGGAAGCUGGGGCAGCACGUAGUGGGAGAGGCCCCCGUAUCCCUGGGCAACAUGGAUGACCUGCCCUGUGGGGACGCGGAGACGCGCCUGCUGCCCCAAUCCUUCCUCCCUGACCCUAGUAGGACAGUGGCCCAGUACCUGACGGAGCAGGGGGCACGAGUUCUGGACUUUGUCCGCUUUCAGUGUGGGGAGGCGGGCAGUGAUGGGGCACAUUGAAGGGUAGAGGAGAGCAUCUCAGAGACCUUACAGGUCAUGUUUUAUCUGCCUUUUAUUUGUUUCUUAAUUAGGCCAAAGUGCAGACUGUUAUUUGAUGUCAUCCAAAUGCAUUCAACCAAUUUCAAUGUCUCAUGUUUUCAUGCCUUGUGUGAUAAGCUUAAUAUAUGUGUACCAAAAUGACAUAUGCUGCAGGAUGAAGGAACUGAAUCACCCCAACAAUAAAGAUAUUUUAAACUGUA